AUGGCUGUUCAGGUGUCCGAGUCAGACCAGAUCAAACAGUUCAAGGAGUUCCUGGGGACGUACAACAAACUGACAGAGAACUGCUUCAUGGACUGCGUCAAGGACUUCACCAGCCGGGAGGUCCGGCCUGAAGAGUCGAGCUGCUCAGAGUCGUGUCUCCAGAAAUACCUGAAGAUGACGCAGCGGAUCUCCAUGCGCUUUCAGGAGUACCACAUCCAGCAGAAUGAGGCGCUGGCUGCAAAAGCGGGUCUGCUGGCUCAGCCCAGAUGA